AUGAAUACAACUACCAUUCCAGAAGCUGACUUUGUGUUGAACUGCAUGGUUGCCACAGAGAAGAAGACCUUCACAAUUGCAACCCUUGCUCUAAUCUACCUAAUAACUCUUUUUGGGAAUCUCCUUGUAAUUCUGGUCAUAUUAAUAAACCAUCAACUGCAGACACCCAUGUUUUUCUGUAUUGGUGCCUUAGCAGCGAUUGACUUGGCAAACAGUAGUAACCUCAUCCCCAAAAUGCUUUCUCUUCUUAUAUUUAACUACACCGUCGUGUCCAGUGGUUUUUGUUUGCUGCAAAUGGUUCUUGUCUUCCACUUGGAGGUAAUAGAAACUCUUCUUUUGGGCCUAAUGGCAUAUGACCGCUAUGUAGCCGUUCUCUAUCCUCUGAGAUACCCUUCCAUUAUUACAAAUAGAACUGUUUUCAUUUUUCUUGUAGUUUUUAAUGACCCAAAAUACUUAAUUAUUUUGUCCAUCACUGCUGCUGUUCUUGGCAUUGGGCCAUUGGUCCUGAUCCUGUUUUCCUACACUCGGAUUGCUUAUGCAGCUCUUAAAAUUUCAUCAUCGGAAGGCAAGAACAAAGUUUUCAGCACAUGUUUGACACACCUUCUGGUGGUUGGACUCUUCUAUUGUCCCUUGUUGUUAUCUUAUGUGCUACCGGGAGCCGGAGUAAAACUGUCAACAGAAGCCUAUAACACAAUGGUCAUUGUGGGUAAUAUCAUUCCUCCAAUGUUGAAUCCAAUAAUUUAUAGCUUUAGGAACAAGGAAAUUAAAAACAGCAUUUAUAAACUUUUUAUGGGAAAAAAAACUGUCACACAAAUCGGAGCAAAGAAAUAA